GGGAUGCGGACGGGAUGAUAGUCCUCGUGACUGCGGGAGGAAAAGAGGGAGACUCGAUUCAGGAUAAAACUCCCUCAAAGGAAACGCCGGGGGGGAUACAUUUCAUAAUCAUCUAAAAGUAACGGCUUGCAUCAUUUGAAAAUGAGAACAGCUUGACAGUUCUUCUCGAGCUGCUUCGACGCGGAUGCUUUUUUUUAGCUUAUGUAUUUAUUUAUUUAUUUAUUUAUUUAUUUUCUCGUCUGAUACCUUUAGCGUUUUGCUUCAUGAGACGUAUCGUUCGCGCUCUGGUGGGGGAUGUGAGGCUCUUUAGUGGGAGAUACACUUUGGUGUGUGCUGGGCGAGAGUUGUUUCUUUAGUCCUGCUCCACGCAUCCUCCUCCGGUGUAGCCAGAAGCCCGAACCUGCUCUCUGGCCUGUGGAUGCGGCAGCCGCUCGGCCUGCUAAAGGCCCUGGGUACCGCAAUGCCGCGGGGAUGGGGGGAGAGAGAGGGCAGGUGGGUGACGGACGGAGUUGAAUCAAGGGAUGAAGGAGUACGCAGAGGAAUAAAUGUUGACACAACAUAAAUGUGACAAUACCGAUGUCCAGUUUUAAUAGUUGUGGUUAGAAUGUUAAGUAGACCCCUAAUGGUAGAAUCUCGUGAUAUUUUGCGUAGGGUUUGGGUUGUGUGAUUUUUUGAAGUCAAGUAGGCUAUAUUCAGUUUUAUGCACGAUUUUUCCCUUUUCCGGAUGAUGUUCCUAGAGUAACAUCCUAUGUGUUUUGAACCGAGUUACAUAGUCAGAUAAUUUAGGAAUUGUUUAACAAGCUACAAUGCCCUCACCUUCGGACUCCAGUAGCAUGGCCUCAAUGUCAGGGUCUCGAGGUCUGUCUGGUAGUCGCAGAGGAAUGUCUGGGAGGACAAGUGCACGCGUGCUGCUUUACCUGGGCUUGUGUCACCUUGCGUUAGGGGCUAUGGUGCUGGCCUUCAGCUUCACAAGCCUGGCCUUCACCUCUUCACCCCGAGUCAGACAGUCCUGUCCUUUCUGGGCUGGCUUUUUUGUUGUGGCCUCAGGAGUGGUGGGUGUGAUAUCAUGGAGAAGGCCCUUCACUCUUGUAGUGUCGCUGUUUAUGCUGCUGUCUGCAGUGUGUGUGAUUCUCAGUCUGGCUGGUUCCAUGCUCUCAUGUCAGAAUGCACAGAUGGUCAGAUCAUAUCUUACCUGUCAGAUGGAGAAUGGCCUGUGUCUUUGCUGUGACCCCAAGCAGACUUGCUCUCCAUCAGAAGAGGAGACACUAGUGCUCUAUCAACAUGCAGAUUGCCACUCGGUGCGUCACCAGCUCAAGGAUCUGCUGUUUAGUGCCUGUGGUCUCAGUAUUCUCUCCACCAUUAUCUGCACUCUGUCAACUGUCACCUGUAGCAUCCAUAUCUUCUCUCUGGACCUGCUGCAGUUGCUGGCUCCCCAUCGCUCUCGCUCUGUUAACCCAGAAUGCACCACUCCUCAGGAUGCAUUUCUCAGUAACAUGAUGGACUUUGAGGAGUUUGUUCCGCCCAUUCCCCCACCCCCAUACUACCCUCCUGAGUACACCUGCAGCUCAGAGACUGAUGCACAGAGUGUCACAUAUAAUGGAUCAAUGGAGAGUCCUGUGCCUCUCUACCCAACUGACUGCCCUCCUCCUUAUGAGGCAGUGAUGGGUCAAAGGGCUCCUAGUGAGGCUACGAUCUUUGACACACAAGCUGGUGAGCUGUCUGGAGAGAGAGGAACAUCCACAGCUUUCAGUGGUGAAGUGUCUAUGGACAGUGGCUCUCUUUUGAUGUCUGAGAUUGUGGAUAUUCCAGAUGACAGCUCCCCGUCCGAGGACUCCUGUCUCGUGGAAGUGGGGGUGCGGGCUCGGCCCAGGGGAGGCAGUGAGGGAGCGGAGGGGGGAGAGUAUAUCAGCUGUCGAUGUUCCACACAACAUACUGAGGGAAUGGUGGCAGCUUCUCCAGGCAUACACUGUUUCAGAGGGGAGAGAUCGAACUCCUGCUCCUCUCCGAGCACACACAACACCUCCACCUACAAGUCACCAGUGCUGAGGCAUCAAGCUCUGUUGGCAAGUAGUUGCUCUCAGUUGGAGUUGUUAGCGGGCUCUCAGCGUUGCUCUAUCCCAGAAAUCCGAGUCCGGCACUGCACGCCAUCCAGACAGGUCUCCUCCUCCACUGUAACCAACCCACCUACCACAACCCCAUCAGGUGGUGCUCAAGAACAACCAGACCACACAGCACCGGUGCUCCUUCCAUGGCCGUGCAUCCGUGAGCAAACUGGGCGGGAUCGAAAAGACAGUGAUGGCUUCUUACCCCUUGUGAAGUCACACAGUGAACCAGGGCUUAGCUCUUCUACUGACACAGGUGAUUUCAGUCUCACAGGAGGCAGUAAAGGAGUCAUUGUGGGGGGAUCUCAGACUUCAUCAGAGACAGGACCAUCAUCUGGAGCUUGUUUGCUGCCUCGCUCCUCUUUGGCACUUCCUGCAUCCCUGCCCAGGAAGGGAAGCGUUAAGGCUGUGAGUUGCCGGUUACCCUCAAAACAGGCCCAAGCCACCUCGCUGCGUUUACCCAAAGACUGUGCACGCUCACUUGGAGACCUCAAGGUCACCAGAGUGUUAGUGCAACGUUUUCUGCAGAGAUCAAAACGGAACUUAGCCCUUGCAACUGAUCAUGCUGGAAACUGCACUCAGGGGCCUAAAAGGAGGACAGGAGGGGAUGGAAGUCUGCCUUUAGAGCAGGUGCUUCGUAACUCUUGGGGAGCCACCAGGUGGCAGCAGCAGCAUGUCCACCACCACUGCCGUGGACACCACCACUCCCAUAGUGACAAUCACCAUAACGCCCGCCACCAUGACGAUGACCCUGUAAGGACCGGGGGUAUCCACUUGCGUAGCUGUGGAGACCUCAGUUCCACAUCUGUCAUAUCACUGCGCAGGCUCCACCCACCGCCGCACGGAUCAUCAGGGGCUCUUUACUCAGAAUCGGCCCUCUGAUUUGGGAUGAGGGAUUCUGGAAUUGAUAAUAACUGCAGUUUUGGGAGAGGAGGGAUGAAAGGGGCAAAGAAAAGUUGAGGAAAGAAUGAUAGGAGGGAAUUAGUGUAGAGGUGAGGAUGUUUAUCUUGCAGGUGGGGUGGUUGAGAUCUGGAGCAGAUGGAUAUGCUGUUUAAAUAACAGUCUGAGUACACUAGAUGAAGGUUUUAGCUGUUCUUAUCAUAAAAACUCUAACAGAAAGACAUACCUGUAUUGAAUUGAACCCUUAGACUCUCUGCUCUCUGUGCCUGACAAACACACUGGUGCUGAUUCUUAACCUUUUGUGCUUCCUUUCGUCUUCACUGCAAAAAAUACAAAAAACAAUAAAAUAAAAAAUAAUAAUAGUAAUUAACAAAAAUAAUGAAUCAGUGUAUUUGUUUUCCAGUAAAAAUUUCUGAACAUCCUUAAAACAAGAUAAAUUUACCUGAGAAAAAUUGUGUAAGAUAUAAAGACAUGUUUUUAGAGAAUAUAUGUUAUUCUUAGAAUUAAUUAUAUUUUUCUCACCCCAUUGUUUCUUGUUUUUUAAAGCAUAAACUUCACCACAUUUUGUUAGAUUUACAUUUAAAACAAGAAAAAAUGUAAUUAUUUGCCAGUGGGGUAAGAAAAGUAAGAUAUAUUCUCCAACUUAAACAAUUUUAUUUCUCAAGUAAAUGAAUCUUGUUUUAAGGAUGUUUAGAUAUUUUUACCGGUAAACAAGACAAAAUCACUGGUUUAGAAAAUGAUUUUCAUGCGCUUAUUUGCACUUUUAUGCUUAUUCAUCUAAUGCAUUUUUCUUUUUCUAACUCACUGUGUUUAUGUGGAUUGGGAAAGAAUGCAGCACCUAUGACACUGCUUAAUAUCUUUACAGCUCAUUCAAAUGCACUAAUGCAAAUUAAACUUGGAAAUAUGCACGGCCCCACACACACUCUCAGAUUGUGGAACUAAUGAACUGAUUGUGGUGUAUCUAACCACUGAACGCUUUUCACUAUAUCUCUCACAGUCUUAACCUUUCGAAUAUCGUAGCAGCAAAAUAAUCCAAACAUCAUCUGUCAUUUCUAUUAUGGCUGUGUUUAACCUCACAUAAUAGCUGAGAAUGACACAGCGAGAGCAUUUUAAUUUACUUUAUUUGUAGAAAUGCAUGUUUUUUUCCCAAAACAAUUAGGUGAAUUCAGUUGGUAUGUCUAUAUUUUGCAUCUGUCUGUCUCCACAUUGUGGAGGUUCCCAGUCUGUGUAAUACUUUCUUACAGAAUGCCUCUGCAUGUAUUGAGAAGUUUUGUUUUUCUUUCUAAAGGCACAUCUAAUGCACCCACACACACUAAUACUCACACAUGAUAGUGAAUUGUACUGGUAUACAGCUAGAUGUUGAAUUUUGAUGUCACUAAUGCAGAUAAAUGUAUGAGGGAAUUUAUGAUUCUACAUAUAGAGAAUUCUUUGGCAAUUAACAUUCUUGGACAGUUACUAUAUGUAGGAGUUGUGAACACAUGGUGAAAGAUUUCAAUGAAAAUGGACUCUUGCAGACUGAUAUGAAUAAGAAUUUCCUAAUUCACCUGGACAGUUUGAUUAAACUUUAGGCAUAAUACUUUGGAAAGACAGCCAUGGACUUCUCUCUGGAGGGUAUAUGUAUUGUAAAUACUUUGUUCUGUUCUGAAAUGGAUCUACAUAUGAAGGAAUAUUUGGCUUUGAAAUUGUCUAGAAGUGCUCUGGAAAGCUUAUAGCUUUGAAUUGGAAGCAAUGUUGCUAAAUUUGGCAUUGAUUCGAUUGACAUAUAAUGUAUGUGUAAAUAACUUUGAUGCACUGACCCUAACGCUCAUACCCACAUUCAGUAACUCUUUGAAGCACUGAAACCAAGUCUGAAAAUGAGCUUGAAAUUCUACCUCUUUAUUGCACACUGGCAUGUUAUGGCCCUUUGGAAAUAUUUUAAGUAAUUUAAGGAUUUUAUUGACUAUUUAUGAACAACUUCUACACUGACUGAUGAAAACACUGUUAUUCUGGGAAUAUGAUACCUAAAAAAAACAUUAAAAAUAGCUCUUCUUCAUAAACUUAUGUAAUAUAAAAAAGAACACGUUAAUAAAUAUAUACACAUUAAAUUUA